AUGCCACAUCCAGUAGCACGCCCAACGCCUCCCGGCAAGGGCAAGGGCAAGGGCAAGCCGUCUGAUUGUCAAGAAAAACGUCAAUUUUUGGAAGAAAAGAACCAUAAGAAGAGACUUCCAGACGGCGAUAAAAGGUUGAAUACAUUGCACGCGGAAGAUACCAUUGCAGAAGAUGAUGAUUCAUCGGAGACACUCAGCAAUGGCUUGCCGCCUGAUGCCAGAAAGCUCGAUUCGUAUGAUGAAUUAGUCCUCAAUCACAUAGAAGGUUUUUCAGAUGAUCCGUGCCAAGUACCACCCCAAUGCUACGAAAUUCCGUGGACAAUUUUGUUUGGGAACGUGGGCAGGCAAAGAGAGGACGCCGAAGUUGAAGCUGUGAAGGAACUAAUUCGACAAGCCGAAGCAGUUGGGCUGAUUGGGGGAGGUGUGCACUCGGAGGAACAUGACGAAAUACCCAUUGAUCUUGACGGGAGGAGUAUUUUGGAUCGGAGUGAUGCCCUUUGGGAUAGGUUAGUUCUUGGAAGCGUACCGUUUGACUUUGGCGACGGGGCUUUGGACAAGGCGAAUGUUGAUCCAGCAGGGACGGACGGGCAGGAUGAGAAUUGUGGCUGUUGCAGAACGUCUGGAUCUGACGGGAUUGAAGUCCAGACCAGUCACUUCACCGCAACAUAUUUAAAACAACGCCUCAACACCCACAACCGUUACCAAUACUCAACCCUUCUUCAGAAAGCAAGGGUGAGAAAAUUCCGCAAAAACUCAACUGGAAUGCCACCGCCAAACAGAAUCCUCACAUCGCCUAACCCCCCCUCCCCCGAGCCAGGGACAGUCCUCCUCGAAACACCACGGCUCAUCCUCCGCCGCUACAAGCUGUCAGACGCUCCGGCGCUCGCCUCCGUGGGGGAUCAUGAUGAAGUUGCCGCCACCCUCAGCGACAGGUUCCCGUCACCCUACACCGUCGAAGCCGCCUCCGAGUUUAUAGCAACCUGCGGCAGCGGCGCGGAUCCGCACUAUCCCACACACGGGGCCAUCAUGCUCAAGCCCAACACGCCGGAUAACCUGACGACGGCGCCGGUCAUGAUUGGGGGCUUUGGAUUUCUCCCGCAACAGGAUGUCUUUUACAGGACGUGGGCAGUGGGUUAUUUCCUGACCCCGUCGGCCUGGGGCAAGGGAUAUGGUACGGAGGCGAUUGCCGCGGCGGUGCGGUGGGCGUUUGAGACGUGGCCUGGUUUGCUGAGGGUUGAUGGGCAGGCGUUCUCGUCGAAUCCGGCGAGUGUGAGGGUCAUGGAAAAGAGCGGGUUUGUGAGGGAGGGCGUCAGGAGGCGGGCGGUUGAGAAGGGCGGCGUUGUUUGGGAUAUUGUUGCUUUGGGGGUUGUGAGGAGUGAUUUGGGGUUAGGAUAG